AUGUUUAGCAUAAGCAGGUCACGCAUUGCAAACCUAGCGCAAAGCACGUUAACGUUUAUGCGUUUCAAAAGACAAUCUACAGGAGCCAAUCAAUUGAAUGCAUCAACUCAAAAAAUCGUCAACCAAUUAUCAGUAUUAUCAGCAAGUAGGAAACAACCACAGUUGUUAAGAUUGUGCAAUGAAGAUUUGAUUAAGCAUAGAACCAUCAUGAAUGCAUGGAAGUUAUUACAGCGUAAAAAACAACAAAAGCAACAACACCAGUUAAAUUUGCAAUACAAGAGUAUACGCAAUGCGAUGGAAGACUUGAAACAGACUAGCCCGGCAUUGUUUGAAAUGGCUAAUGCUAAAACUAAAUUGAAAUUCACCACUUUCCCUAUUGAGAUGAGAGUUCCUACAGACUAUCCACCUACAAAGCCAUGGGUUUAUGCUUAUUCGCCAAAGAAGUAG